AUGGUAGAGAAGAAGAGGAAGAAGAUGUUCGCCCUCACUACGAGAGCCAAAGCCAGACAGUGCGACUCGAAGCCCGCAGCCGACGUCGGAAGCGCCAAGAGCCUAGCCUACGUCAUCGUCGUGGUCGGCUUGACCGUGGCUGUCACGUGUGUUUAUGUCAUCUUCCGCGCGGCCCCAUCUCCCAGCUCCGACAGCAAAACGCACUCGGCUUCCACUGCUGAGGCGUCAAGCGAAAGAGUGGGACUGAACGCCGGCUUGUCCAGCCUCAUCGAGCCUUUCGUGGACACCUCGGCGGAGCCGUGCCGCGACUUCUACGCCUUCGCCUGCGGCGCGUACGCAAGUCCGUCGGCGCAGACCAUCACGCAGAUGCAGGACGAGAUGUACGACGCUCUGCCCCGCGCGCUCUCGACCACCACGUACCCUGAGCGAGGACAGAGUGCCGCCCAGAAGGCGGCAGCCCUGUACCACAGCUGCUUGAGGGUUCAGGCCGGUGAACUGGACGAGUCUACGACGCUGAGGCAGUUUGUCCAAAGCGUUGGUCUCUCCGUACCUGGUUACGCCCGCGCGGAAGCCCUGGACCGUGUCCUGCUCCUGUUCUUCAAGUACAAGCUGCUCACUCUGCUAGGCCUAUCUCUGGAAGACUCGCAACUCUACAAGGGCGCCAGGGAGAUCAAGGUCACGCUCAAUGCCAAUCAAUUGGUCUGGUUCCGCCAGCGAAGCUCGAACGUACUGACGAACAAGUUCUAUGCUCCGCACACUGACGCACUCGGCGUGCUGAAUGACGGUGACGAAGCCUUGAGAAUAGCCGUGCAAAUAACAGAAUCCGAGAACACGGCCAUCGGCCUCCUUACGAAAGGCACGCUGCAGAAAGCGAACAGCCUCGUUUUCUCGACUGUUGACGGCAUUGGGAUCUACACGCCGACCAUACGUCCUGGCCGCUGGGAAGGUCUGAUCGCGGCUCAUAGUAAUAACGUCUACCGGAAAGAGCACAAGAUUCAAAUCAGUGUUAGUGCCUUGUCCUAUUUUGACAAGAUUUAUUCGAACCUAGGAGAGGCGAGAACAAGCCUCCUGGUGGCAUGGGAGCUCGUGCGCACUUUGGUUCCCCUGUCGUCGUCCGAGUUGGCAGAGCACGUGCGGAAUUUUCCGUUCAUUUGCCUGCGCUCCGUGAUCAGAGCCAUGGAAGUGCCGCUGCUUUCGCACUAUUUGUUCAGGGCCGUUCCAGCCAGCACCGUUGACUCGGCCAAGAAGAUGCUGUGGCGCAUACGGAAAUCAGUUAUCGAAGAGAUUCGUCGCGCCAGCUGGCUCGACGACGUCACCAAGGCGACGGCCCUGGACAAGAUGCGCACCCUCCAGGCACACGUGGGCUAUCCCAAAUUCUUCGCCAACGACGAAGAACUGGACCAGGUGUACUCGCGUUACCCGGACGUGUCCUUUCGCUUUCUCGAAGCGUGGCUGUACGCGAUGAAGCUGACCAUCGAGUGGGAGUUGAGGAACACCAGCAGCUUCAAGUUUUCUUUGCGCGCAACGAACGCCGCCUACUUCCCUAUGCGCAACGCGCUCAUGCUGCCGGCGACUAUGCUCCGCCCUCCGGUGUUCUCGCCCGGUGCGCCGAUGGCAUACAACUACGGCGGCCUCGGCUCUGUCAUCGGGCACGAGAUGACUCACGCGUUCGACGUUGAAGGCAGGCUGUGGGACAGUGACGGCCAGUGGCGUGACUGGUGGUCGAAGUCGUCCCGACUCUUCUACGAUGACAAGCUGCUCUGCCUGCGACGCUCCCAUGGGACGUCGCGUGAAACCGCCGACUCGGAGAACAUGGCGGAUUUCGCGGGCGUCGUCUCCGCGCUCAACGCGUACAGGGGGCUUCUCCGAGAGAGCGCCGAGCACUUGGCAGAGCUUCGAUACAACGCGCAGCAGCUCUUCUUCAUUUCCAGCUGCGUGAAGUGGUGUGCCGCCAACGGCAGUGCCUCGUUCACGAAUUACGCGUCCUGGAGAGAUCGCUGUGUGAUCCCGCUGAAGAACAUGGAGGCCUUCGCAUCCGCGUUCGGAUGCUCCCAGGUCUCGAGGAUGAGUCAAUCUUCGCGAUGUUCCUUUUGGUGA